AUGGAAGGAAAUUCAAAAGGUGAGAAAUCACCAGAAUAUAUCCUAACAGAUCUUUCUUCAAAUAAAGAUAAUAUUUCAUUUCAACGUAGUGAUGAUGGACAUUUAGAAGAAUCAAAGACGGGCCUAGUUAAUAGAUUUGUCGAUUCAUUUAGAAGAGCUAAAGCACAACCAGGUGAAGAUGAAACGAAUGAUUUAGAAGAUGGUAUACAAAGUCUCGCGUCAAAUACUCAAAUGAAAAAAGCAAUGAAGUCUCGUCAUGUUAUUAUGAUGUCCUUAGGUACAGGUAUUGGUACUGGUUUAUUAGUCGCAAAUGCUUCUUCUUUAUCUAGAUCUGGUCCUGCUCCUUUAGUUAUUGCUUACGGUUUAGUCUCUUUCGUUACAUAUUUUAUGAUUCAAGCUGCAGGUGAAAUGGCCGUCACUUAUCCAACUUUGCCAGGUAACUUUAACUCAUAUCAAUCUAUCUUUAUCUCAAAACCUUAUGGUUUUGCCACUGUUUGGUUAUUUUGUAUUCAAUGGGUUACUGUCUUACCAUUAGAAUUGAUUACAACUUCAUUAACUAUUAAAUAUUGGAAUGAUAAAAUUUCACCUGCUGUAUUUGUGGUCAUUUUCUACAUUUUCUUAUUAUUUAUUCAUUUCUUUGGUGUUAAAGCUUAUGGUGAAGCAGAAUUUAUUUUCAAUUCUUGUAAAAUUUUAAUGGUUUGUGGGUUUAUCAUCUUUUCAAUUGUUUUGAAUUGUGGUGGUGCAGGUGAUUCAGGUUAUAUUGGUGGUAAGUAUUGGCAUGAUCCUGGUGCUUUCACGUCACAUACUGGUAUUGGUAGAUUUAAAGGUAUUUGUUAUGUCCUUGUAACAGCUUAUUUCUCCUAUGGUGGUACUGAAUUAUAUGUUUUAUCAGUCAAUGAACAAGAAAAUCCAAGAAAAUCUACCCCGGCUGCUGCAAAACAAUCGAUUUAUCGUAUUUUAAUUAUUUAUCUAUUAACUAUGAUUUUAAUUGGUUUUAACGUUCCUCAUAAUUCUGAUCAAUUAAUGGGUUCAGGUGGUUCUUCCACACAUGCAUCUCCUUAUGUCUUGGCUGCUUCAAUCCAUCACGUUAAAGGUAUUCCUCAUAUUAUCAAUGCAGUUAUUCUAAUAUCUGUUGUCUCUGUCGCAAAUUCUGCUUUAUAUGCAGCUCCAAGAUUAUUAUGUUCGUUAGCUAAACAAGGUUACGCUCCAAAAUAUUUGGAUUAUGUUGAUCGUGAAGGUAGACCUUUAAGAGCUUUAUGUGCUUGUGCCGUCUUUGGUGUCAUUGGUUUUGCUGCUGCAUCUCAACAAGAAGAACAAGUGUUUACUUGGUUGGCUGCCAUUGCAGGUCUUUCUGAAUUAUUCACAUGGUCAGGUAUUCUAUUAUCUCAUUUUAGAUUUAGAUGUGCUAUGGAAAUUCAAGGUAGAGAUCUUUCAGAAUUGGGUUAUAAAUCAACAGUCGGGAAAUGGGGGUCUCUAUAUGGUGUCUUCUUUAAUAUCCUUGUGUUUAUUGCACAAUUCUGGGUAGCUAUUUCACCUCCAGGUGUAUCCAAAAUCACCGCUGAAGGGUUUUUCCAAAGUUAUUUAGCUUUACCAAUUUGGUUCGCAGGUUAUUUCGGUUAUAUGUUUUAUAAACGUGAUUUCACAUUCUUAACACCAUUAGAUAAAAUCGAUUUGGAUAAUCAUAGAAGAAUUUAUGACCCUGAUUUCUUAAGACAAGAAGAUGAAGAAAAUAAAGAAAGAUUAAGAAAUUCUGGUGUAACGGCAAGAAUAAUAAAUUGGUGGUGUUAA